AUGUAUAACGUGGACGCGUACCUCAAGUCACUGACAUCCAACGCCGUCAAACUCUCAAAGAAGGUCCAGGAUGGCAUCGUCGAGAACACGCGCGACCUGCGCUUUGAGAACCAGGCUCACUUUCUCGACACAAACGAAGACAAGAUGAGGCAAGUCAACAGGCACUCCCUUACAGAGGAGAUCCGCAAGAACUUGGAUUCAAAAUACGAAAAGGAGAAGCUGGAUGGCUUGAAGCGCUUGAUCGCUGUAAGUUUGGUCGUCAACCGUGGCGGUGUCUGGCGAUUCCCAGUCAUGAUCUCAAAAGGCAGGGAUGUCUCCGAGUUUUUCCCGGACGUGGUCAAGAAUGUAGCCUCCAACAGCUUGGAGGUGCGCAAGCUGGUCUACAUUUACAUUUUACGAUAUGCUGAGCAGGAACAGGAUCUGGCGCUUCUCUCUGUCAACACAUUUCAAAAGGAUCUGAGCGAUAAAAACCAACUUAUUCGCGCUAUGGCCCUCCGUGUCAUGUCUGGCAUCCGUGUUCCCGUCAUCAGCCCUAUCGUCAUGCUUGGUAUCAAGAAGUGUGUCACGGACUUGUCGCCCUAUGUCCGCAAAAUUGCCGCACAUGCCAUCCCUAAAUGCUACCAGUUGGACCCAGCGCAGAAGGAUGCAUUAGUUGACAUUAUUUCGACGAUGCUCGGUGACAACUCGACAUUUACGAUUGGAGGCGUGCUCAUGGCCUUCGACCAGGUCUGCCCCGAUAGGCUGGAUCUGAUUCACCCCCAGUACAGGAAACUUUGCAAAAUGCUCGUGGAUAUGGACGAGUGGGGUCAGAUCACCGCUAUGGACCUCUUGUUGCGAUACUCAAGAACUCAGUUUUUGAACCCAAUUGGAAAGACAACAUCACAGCCAACGACGCGGACCAAGAAGGAAAAAUCUGUUGUCAAGUCAUUUUACUCGGACGACGACUCGGAUGUCUCUCACCAUUCAUCCGACUCUGAGUCCGACUCGUCUGAGGAGGAGAACAACUCUGUCGACCCUGAUCUCGCUUACUUGCUCAAGUGUGCCCUUCCUCUCCUGCAGAGCCGAAACAGUCAGGUUGUGCUGUCGGUGGCGAAACUGUACAUGCAUUUAGCACCUGCUGAGGACUCCUACAAGAUUGGACGGCCGCUUGUUCGCCUACUCAGGACUCACCGGGAAAUCCAAUAUGUGGUAUUGAACAACAUCGUGGCGAUUGCCAGUCAGAGGCCCUAUGUCUUUGACCAGUUCUAUCAGCACUUUUUCGUCCGCUCAACCGACCCUGUUUUCAUCCGCAAUCUCAAGCUGGACAUCCUGACAUUGAUUGCAACCGAGAGCAACAUCACAUUCAUUCUUCGCGAGUUGCAGGAAUAUGUCAAGAGCUCGAACAAGGGCUUUGUCACCCAGGCCAUCGAAGCCAUCGGUCAUUGUGCCUCCAAUAUACCUGAAAUGGCGGAAAGCUGUCUCGGAGGCCUCCUCAAGUUGUCCUACAGCAAGUCUGACUCGGUUGCUGCUCAGUCGGUGGUGGCGAUCCGCCGUUUGUUGCAGCAAAGACCGGGAGACAGUGUUUUUAUGAUUACGCAGCUUACCAAGGCAUUGGAUGAGAUUACGGAACCAUUAGCUCGCGCCAACAUUUUCUGGCUGGUUGGUCAGUACAGCAGCCAACUUCAGACAAUUGCACCAGAUGUCCUCCGCAAGGCCGCCAAGUCAUUUACCACUGAGAGCGAGUCAAGCAAGCUCCAAAUUUUGACUCUCGGUGGCAAAUUGGUGGCGCUGGAAGGCACAGCGUCCAAGACGGUGAGCCUACUGCUUCAAUAUGUACUCAAUAUGGCACGCUAUGACCUUGACUACGGUGUGCGUGACCGUGCUCGGUUCUUGCGCGCUCUUGUGUACGGAAAGCAGAAGGUAGCUGAGGCCACUGUAGACCAGGACUCGGACGAGAACGAUCACGAGAAUGGACAGCAAGAAUCUGACAGCACGGAGCAGGACGCUCAGGAUGACGAAGGUGGAUUUGAGUACAGUGAGAAGGAAUUAAACCUUUCGGAUCACAUCAAGGCCAUUCUCUUGAGCGAAAAGGCAGCCCCCGUUCAGGAGAACCCUUCACAUGGUAAGUUUCACGGCCAGAUCAUCAAUUCGCCAUAUGUAAAGUUGACUAUGCCACCCCGGUAUCAGAGAGCCUUGACUAAUCUUUUUCCUCGUGUUGUACUAGGUCGCGAGCAAUACAAGGUUGGAUCGAUGUCAUUGGUGCUGAACCGAAUUGUGGCUGGCUACGAGGCAUUACCAGAUUGGCCCAAGGUGCAGCCUGAUCCAUCGGUGCGUCGAUUGGCAGCGACGAUGGAGGCACCUGGAUACAUGAAUGACCGGACUGGUUUUGGAAGCGACUCUGCAUACGCCAAGAGUCGCCAGGGACAGGACAGUAGUGUUGCUGGAGGCCAAGGACGGUAUGACAAUCAGGCAGGUCCAUACCGUGGUGCUGAGACGUUGGACAAGUUUUUGGAGUCGUCUGAUGAGGAGACUAGUUCUGAUGAGGAGGAUGACAGCGAGGAGGAGACGAGUGACGAAGAGGAGACGAGCGAAGAGGGCGAGGAGGGGACCAGUGAAGAAGAGAGUGGGUCAGGAAAGGAGGAAGAUGAUGACGAGGACGAAGAUGACGAGGAGGAUGCAUCGUCAUCGGAAGAGGAGGCGAUUCUUCCACCUAAACGAGCCAAUGGUCGUCGCGGAUAG